CCACAACAAAAUCGACCAGGAGAAAAAGCAAGAUAAAGGAAGAGAGAGCGUGAGUGGCUUCAAGCGGCUUGAUUUCACUGGGCCCCUUCCUCCUUGAAUCCUUGAAUCCUUGAAUUUCUUUGGACUCACUGUUGGAACAGCUAGCCAGCCUGCCAGCCUCCACGUCCGCCGAACACGCCAAUUCAGUGGGAGACGCUCCAUCAGAUCCACAGCGUGUAAACCGAGAGAAAUCCGCCCAUCGUUCACUUUCCACCCUCAAUUCCACGCCGGUCUUUCCCCACCCCUGGAACACCAGAUGCCGCCCAAAAGCCGGCGCCCCAACGGGCGCAACUCCAAUGGCCGCACCAAUGGUACCUUAGCCCCGCCCACAGCCACCAGCACCCAGGCCGUAGCCGGGCGGGGUCGGCCCAAGAAGACGUCGGCGUCUAUUCCCAGACCAGCCGCGCCCGAGUCCGCGCGCCCAACGGAGGUCAAGAGCCGUGGCCCAGGUCACGGAAUCGGGCAAAAACGGAAGCGUGGUCGCUUGCCCGCAGAAUUGCAAGCACAAAGAGAUUCGGCCAAGAGAGCGCGCUUGGAUCAUUUGGUGGCACCGGAUGCGCGGAUUGGAACGGGCGGCGUGAUUCUAGCCUUGGGACAAGGCGAUACGGGCCAGAUCGGCUUGGGUGAAGACAUCUUGGAGCGAUCCAAACCCGCUCUCGUCAAGGACUUGUCGGAUGUGGUGAGCGUGGUGGCCGGGGGCAUGCACUCAGUAGCUUUGACGCACAAGGGCCGGGUCUGGACCUUUGGCUGCAACGACGAGGGCGCUUUAGGCCGCCUCACGCCCGAAGAUGAGGCUUGUUAUACGCCUGGUCUAGUGACCAUUCCCGGACGCGUGAUUCAAGUCAGUGCCGGGGACUCGCACACCGUGGCCUUGACCGAGACGGGCCGAGUCUUCUAUUGGGGCACGUUUCGCGACAGUUCGGGUAGCUUUGGCCUGACUGAACGGGGCAUCGAGACCUUACCCGUGGCCUUGGCGCCCGAACUGACGGUCAAGAAAGUGGCCUCCGGUUCGGAUCACGUGGCGCUUUUGACGGAUCAAGGGGAGCUCUACACCUUGGGAUGCGCCGAACAAGGGCAGCUGGGACGAGUGGGUGAACGAUUUGUGGCCCGAGGCGGUCGUCGCGGAUUGGACCUCUUACUCAAACCCGACCGAGUACACGCACCCAAUCGAAAAAUUGAUUUCAUCAACGUGUGGGCCGGUUCCUACGCUACCUACGCCCUCACGAGCCAAAAUGAAGUGAUGGUGUGUGGCUUGAACAACUACAACCAAUUGGGUAUCGAGCGAGGCCAGAUGUUCUUCACGCUCAAGAAAUCCGACAGUUUCUCGAGCGUGGCCCAAUCGGAGGGUUGGUCCCAGAUUGCCCCGGGACAGCAUCACACCAUCGCGCUUGACGCCCGCGGGACAACCUACGCUAUUGGUCGAGUCGAAUACGGUCGACUUGGCUUGGGUGAUCAGCACAAGAAUGAUGCCCUCCUACCCGUUCCCAUUCCCGUGCUGAAGAAUCGCAAAGUGGUGAACGUGUCGUCCGGCACCGCCGUGUCCUUCGCUGUAGCUGAUUCGGGCGAGAUCUUUAGUUGGGGCAUGGGCACCAACGGUCAAUUGGGCCACGAAGAUGACGAGGACGCGUGGGAGCCCCAGAUAAUGCUGGGUAAGCAGCUUGAAACCCGCCGUGUCCUUCUUUGCUCCGGUGGUGGUCAGCACACAAUCAUGAUGGCCAAGGAAAAGUAAUCGGAUCGAAAGCAAGCUUUCGAUUGGGGUUGUGGUACCGAUGUUAUCGUUCUCUCUUUCCAAGGUCGAGGCUUGUGAAGCAAUCGCCACACGAUAUCGGGUUGUUUUUUUCACCCCCAUGAUUUUUUUCGGCUCCCAGAAGCCAAACGUGUUGAACCCCUGUUCUCGACUCACGUUGUACAAACAUUAAAUAGUAGAAAUAACGCUCAGUUCAUGCCAAGCUAAAUAAAUGAGAAUGUUGUGCUCGAAGACCAUCUUGAA